AUGCUUCAUAGCCACAAAAAUGUAGACAAUGACGAAACGGCUGACGCUCAUGAGAAAAAGAGGGCCAAGAAUAGAAGUGAGAUUGGCGAAGAGUUGAGAAAGCACCGCUUCAAUUUAGAGCAAAUACUAAGGAAUUCCAACAUCACACCGAUCAGAUGCCAUCGCGGUUAUGGUUACGUGUGUUGCUUUUGCGCUAAAGAAUUUCCCCAACCAGCUGACUUGAAAACUCAUACGCUUCAAGUUCACAGUGAAAAGGAGAAAGCUCGCCUGUUAGAUGGCUUCCUGUACAAAUUCCAUGCUAAACUCGAUAUUACAGGCCUCGAAUGUUCUAUUUGCGCCAACACUAUUGAUACUCUAGAGGAAUUCAUCAACCAUUUACAUAAAAUCCACGACAUCAAGAUGCACAUGGAUAUAAAAAAUCAGUUAUUCCCAUUCAAGUUUGAUAAUGACGAACUGAAGUGCUGCAUAUGUCACAACAAAUAUCAGAAGUUUAAAUCGCUCCUAGAGCAUAUGAACGUGCAUUACAGGAAUUUUAUCUGUCCGGAUUGUAACGCUGGCUUCAUCAACCGUUCCAUCCUCGCUGAACAUUCUAAAAAGCAUAUGCUCGGCGUCUUCGCUUGCGGCAUAUGCUCAAAAGUUUUUGACACGCUGAGAAAGAAACAGUCGCACGAGAAGUUCGUGCACGAUGACAAGAAACUCCCCAAUAAGUGUGGUCACUGCGGCGAGAAGUUCAAGGACUACAGGAAGAAGGAGGAGCAUCUGGUGUCGGUCCACGGUGUUGUCCAUAAACGACCGGAAUGCGAGGCCUGCAGUCGGUCAUUCAAGAACCAGAAGGACUACAACCUUCAUAUACGACGGCUGCAUCUGAUGGAUAAACGGCAUAAGUGUCCCAAUUGCGACAUGGCUUUUUUUACCACAGGUGAACUGAAGAGUCACGUGGUGAAACAUACGGGGGCGAAGGGUUUCCAGUGCGCGGUGUGCCACAAAUCUUACGGUCGGAGGAAGACUUUGAUAGAACAUAUGCGGAUACACAAUAAUGAUAAGAGAUUCAAGUGUGAGCGUUGUGGGGUGGCGUUUGUUCAGAAGUGUCGUUGGCGCGGGCACAUGUGGACGAAACACGAAGAACACGUGUAA